GUUGGGGGUUAAUCGGUCAGUUUUUGUGCGCUAUGGCUCGAAGAAGCCCCGUCAAGGUGGGCCUAGUCCUAGCACUGGUUUUUGUUUUUAGCUAUGGACAGGCCGACGAUACGUGUAGGACCGGAUGUCAUGGGGCCUCUCGAACUUUCAAGUACCAUGAAGGUACUACGUACAAGUACAACUUCGACAGCAAAAUCCAAGUGAGCCUAUCCAGCGCCGAAGGCCAGCAGAGUACCACCGAAGUCAAGGCCACAGUAUUACUGACCCAGCAGCCCCAAUGCAACCAAGUCAUCCGACUGCAAAACGUCCAAGUCAUCGGCAACGACGGAAAAAAACACGCCAACAUUCCAGACGUGGACAAACCCAUCAGGAUCAACUUCCACGACGGCCACCUCGAAGACAGUAUUUGCGCCACACCUGGAGACUCCCAGAACUCGCUGAAUCUCAAGCGAGCCAUCGCUUCCAUCUUCCAGGCCAACCUGAAGAGCGGCCACGAAACCGACGUGUUCGGUCUCUGCCACACCGAAGUCGCCCAACACAAAGAAGGCAACAUCCUGGUGAUCCAGAAGUCGCGCAAUCUCAACCGAUGUGCCUACCGCGAGUCCAUCAAGCAAGACUUCCUCGCCACCGCCUUCAACCUCAACAGCGAAAUCAAAUCCAGCCCUAUUCUCAACGGCGACUACGACGCCAAGCUCCGGGUGAAGAACGGCAUCCUCGACCAGGCCACCGUCCACGAGAACUACCUCUACGUCCCCUUCUCCGUGGGCAACAACGGCGCCAAAGCGUCCGUCGAAACCGUCUUGAAGUACGUCGGCACCGCCAAAGACAACGCGCAAGUCCAGGUGAGUCAGCCUCGGUCCAUCAUCUUCGAGGACCCCCAUGACGUCAACUCGCCGCACGCGAGCGUCAACAGCAUCCUCACGGCCGUGCGCCAAGUGGCCAAGACCAUCGACGUCGUGGUUGGCGAAAACACGGCGAAGGAGUUCUUGAACCUGGUGAAAAUCCUGAGGGUUAGCAAGAAAGACGACCUUUUGGCGGUGUACAGUCAGGUUAAGGCUGGAGUCGGCUUUCCGGAUAAAGUGGCGGCGAAGAAGAUCUUCCUGGAUGCGUUGCUGCGUGCCGGCAACGGUGACGACAUCGAAGUGGCGAUCGAGCUUUUGAAGAACAGGGAACUCGACGAGGUGGAGGAGCACCUGGUGUAUUUGGGGCUGUCGACGGUGCGGCAUGCCACCGAAAACUCGAUUUCCUCGGCGGCGGCGCUUUUCAACCAGCCGCAUCUUCCGAGGGUGGCCUACCUGGGGAUUGGUAACCUCGCUGGAAGGUUUUGUAGACAACACUCGUGCGAGAACGUCGCCGCUGUUAAUAGUUUGACGGAGACGUUGAUUUCGAAGCUCGGGAAUGGAAAAGCGACCAACAGGCAACAAGAGAAUGAUCUUGUUUUCGUUCUUAAAGCGUUGGCUAAUAUUCGCCAUUUGAACGACAAGGUUUUGGCGAAGAUCACCGCCAUAGCGCAGGAUAAGAAGGCGCCGAAUCGGGUUAGAGUGACGGCUUUGGAGACGUUCUUGGCGGAUCCUUGCAAGGAUAAGCUGCGUGAUAGCGCCAUCACGAUCCUGAAGGACAUCCAGCAGGACUCCGAAAUCCGUAUCAAAGCUUACUUGGCCCUGGCUCAGUGUCCCAACAAUAAGGUGGGCAACGCCGUCAAGACCCUCCUGGAGACCGAACCCAGCUACCAAGUUGGAGGUUUCAUCGUCACCCACAUCAGAAACCUGAGAGCCUCCGCCAACCCCGACAAGCAACUCGCCAAGCAGCACCUCGGCCUCAUCAACGUCCCCAAACGUUUCCCCUUCGACCUCCGCAAGUACUCCGCCAACGGGGAGUUCUCCUACACCGUCGACUCCAUCGGAGUGGCCAACUCCAUCGAAACCAACGUCAUCUACUCCCAAAGCUCCUUCUUGCCUCGCUCCACCAGCUUAAACCUAACCGCCGAAGUCUUCGGCCACAAUUUCAACUUCCUCGAGAUCGAAACCCGCCAGGAGAAUCUCGACCGUUUGGUCGAACACUACUUCGGUCCCAAAGGCUUGUUCCGAGCUAACAACGUCCAAGAGCUGUGGCAGAACAGCGGAGAAGAAACCGCCCAUGCCUUUAAAAAGCUCCACGAUCGCGUGAGGGAUACUCUAAGGUCGCGUCGCGACCUCUCCAAGGGCGAAAUCGACUACAUCAACAAGCAAGUCCAAAUUCGCACCAACGAACUCAACACCGACUUGGACUUGGAUCUGAGCGUGAAGAGCUUCGGCUCGGAGAUCUUGUUCCUCAACGUCAACGACGACGUGAGGAAAUUUACGCCCGACGUGUUGAUCGACCACUUCGUCCAAGGUCUGACGAAGGGUCUGGACAGUUUGAAGCACUUCGAGAAGACUCUUCGUGCUAACCUCAUUCUCUUGGACGCCGAGUUUGCCUACCCUACGUCUUCUGGUUUUCCGUUGAGGCUAGGCGUUGAAGGCACUUCGAACCUGCAGGUGAAAGCUUCUGGGGCCAUUGAUGUCCGUGCGCUGUUGAAGGACGACACCACGGUGAAGGUGUCGCUGAUUCCGAGCGCUAACGUCGAAGUGACAGGGAGGUUCACGGUGGACACCCAGGUGGUGGAGAGCGGGCUCAAGGUGAUUUCGACGUUGUACACAGCCACGGGUGGCGAUUUGAUCAUCAGUAAUACCAAUCACGAGGUGGAUGUUAAGUUUUCGCUUCCGGUGGAGAAGCAGACUCUGGUUUCGGCUACACACGAUAUCGUUUUUCAUACAAGGGAAUGGGGGGCUGCCGAAGCCAACCACCCGCUCAAGUUUGCCCAGAACAAGGACUUCUCGAUUUGUUUGGAUCAGUUGAGCGAAUUCAUUGGACUGACGUUCUGCGGGGAGUACACCGGACCCAACCUCCAGGGAGAAAAAGUUCCCAUUCUUCCGUUCCCUCUCUCUGGGGACGCCAAAUUUGCCGUCACCAUCGAGAAGGAGGACCUUUCACAUUAUCACUUCAAGGAAGCCAUCCAUGCAGAACACAAUCACAUCGGACUCGAGUACCUCUUGGAAGCCGUGGCCAAAAACGGCCAGAAGAAAGUCAGUUUGGCCGCCGCAGUGGGCCUAGAACCCGAUAUCUUCGCCAAAGUGUCUCUCACUUCACCCAGCCUUUCUGGUCUAGCGGAAGCUCGACUGUCGACGAGCGAGCAAGGCAAAGCCCUAACAGUGCGCUUCGUACAAAACCAAGACGAAUACUACGGAAAAAUCGGCAUCGCAAUAGUCAACGAAUCUCCCACUAAGUCGACCUACAAGCCCGUGAUGGAAUACAAGACUCCUGAAAACAGCGGGAUUCAGUUACCGCCGUACCGAGUCGAAGGUCAGGUCAUUUACGAGCACGAGGGCCUCAAAUCCGUCUACACCCUCGACCACGUCAAAUUAGUAAUUCCCGACCAGAAGACCAUCACUCUCAACGGCCAGUGCGGCCGCGAGAGAGACACCAUCUUCUCCGACAUGACUCUGUCCGACGGUUCUAACAACGCUGCGUUCAAAGCGAAGUUUCAAUUCGUUGAACAGGGAUAUCAAUACAGCGCCGAGUUCAAGAACUCCGUGAGUCCUCAAGGCAACAUCCGGUUGAAAGGAGAACUGUCGAGAAUCACGUAUGGGUACAAACAUUUCUUCCAAGUGGCACAUGGCGGAGACUUCAGCGACAAGAACAACAUCCUCACGAUGGAGAACUCCCUCAAGAGCAUUAACAAAGGCCCCCAGGACUUUUUAAUCGGCACGGAAAACAAACUGACGUACCCUGCGUUGACCACGGAUUUGCAGUUCGACUUUGAACUCAAACCUCAAGCGGUUCAAUACACGGUUAACAUCCAGUACACGAACGUGAAGCUGGGGUCGGAGCUGCAGUGGGAGUAUACCAACAAGCACGACGGCACGAACUUCAAGCUGGACUUUGGUUUGUGGGGGCUGAACAACCGGUUGAGUCUCAAAUCGCAGCGGACAGUCACUGGAGACCAGUCUCAAGUGGAGAACUCUUUGGAUAUUAACGGGAAGCGGCUGGAGGUUAACGGGAAAGUCAAGCACCAUGUGAGACCCCAGGAUAUCGACGUGGCUGCUGACUUGAUCGUGAAAGUGCCCAACCACAACACACCCUUCAAUGUGGUGAGCGGUCUCAAAGUCAACCCCAACGAGUUCGACGUCUCCCACAAAGUCACCUCUGGAAGCACCGUCUACGUGGACGUUUUCUUGAAGGUGAACCGCGCCGGCAACGCCAACGGUAGCAUUAAAGUCAACCUGAAGGGCGACCUGGUGAUCAACGGGCAUGUCAAGGCCAAUCGAGGUAGCGGCAACGGUGAAGUCGUCAUCGAACUACCAGCGGUAAAACGCGUCAGUAAAAUCGACACCACGUUCACCAUCCACGAACCCACUUACAACGUCAUCGUCAACAUCUACCCCAUCUUCAACCAAGACAAAACCAAGAAAGUGACUCUGUCGACGCAGACGUCCCUCCCACACAACACCAUCGACUCGAAGAACUUCAUCGACGUGUUCGGGGAGAAGCUUGAAGUUAACGUGAAAGGGAGUCAGCAGGGUGAAGUCACCAACGGUAAGACAGUGGGAGAGGUGGAGGUCACCCUCCCCAACCAGCACUACUUCGCCGGGAAGCUCAACCGCGAAAUCAAGAGUGUCAACAACGUCCUCAACGGGAACGUGGUGGCGAGUGUGGAGCACCGGGCCAUCAAGAACCAACCGGGUAACAAAGUCACGCUUAAAGGCCAGUUCAGGGAUGUUAAGCCGGACGAAAACAUCUACGACUUGAGUUAUCAACUCCUGGCGGAGAAGUCGGACGGUCGCAACCUCAACGUAGACCUUAAUGCGAAACGCCAAGUCCAUGGAGACGUGACUACGGUGGAGUUCACGAACAAGAUUUACGGGUCGGAACUAGCCAGUCCGAUCGAGAGCGUCUUCAAAAGUAGCUGCAAGCAAGUGCUUGACGGGUCGUUCGAGGUGUCGUCGUCGUACGCACCUCUGGGGAAGGCGUCCAUAGCUGGAAAGCACCAGCUUUCGGGACAACCCCUGUCUGGAGAGGUCACGGUGGACGUCAGCACCACGAGUCAGUCCAUCCGCACGCUCAAAGUCACCCUCGGAGGCUCCGUUCUCAAUAAGGAGUCAGUGGUCGUCAAAGGCAACGCAGACAUCUUCGCCGACGCUCCGCAAGGCGUCAUCGUCCAGGUCACCACGAGCGGCGAGGUGAUCUCCAGCGACUCCGAAGCCAGAAUUAAAGGUACCAUCAAAUCCGGAAGUGGUCACCCGAUUUCGGUGGACGCCGGUCUCACCAGAAGCGACAACAAAGACGACAAAGAAGUGAAAGGCGACGUUACUUUGAACUACGGCGAAAACCAGAAGGUCACCGGAGAUUUUAACCUAGUGCACGUGUCUGCACGUGAGUACAAAUUAGACGCCCGUUUGGACACACCCGUGGAGAAAUUCAAAACCAACAGAAUCCAAGUCCACACUAAACGCAACGAAGACGACACUCGCUACCAAAGCGAAGUCAUCUACACCACCAACGGAAAAACCUGGACCUCCAACACCGACCUCUUCCUCUCCGAGAUCACCCCCAGCGUCGAAAUCAAAGUCACGUGUCCCGAAGGCAAACUCAGACACCUUCUGGUGAAAGUAACGAAAUUGAGCGACCGUCAACUCGGCGGUCAGCUGAAGAUCGUCAACCAGAAGAACAACUUCUUGUUGGAAGGCACCCUCGACGCUAACUUCGAGUCCGUGGACGACUUCCACCUCAAAAUAACGGCGAACUCUCCGGCUUUGAAGAUCGACAAGUACGUGAUCGAAGCCCAUAACAAGCCCGCCAAAGCUGGACGUCGCAUCCAAGUGACGGCCAAAUCCGGCAACAAGAAUAUUCUAGCCGGAAGCACGAGUUACACGGCUCGCGAAGAACACGGUAAACUCAUCGUCGAAGGCUCUGGCUCGUUCAAACUCCACGAGAAGACUCAAUCGGCUAACUUCAAGUACAUCCGACAGAAUUUGUCGCAGAGUAAGAACGGAGAAACCGGAAUCGAGAUUUCGUUCGACGCCGGUUUGGGUAACCAAGCCGUCGACGCCGAACUGAAGAUCACCAACAAGCAGUUCCGUAUUUUGAACUCGUACUGCGAGGAGAAGAAGUCGUGCGCUCACGUGGAGAUCGACGUCAAGACUUCUGCGGACGAUCCUGAUUAUUUCAACCAGGAGAUUGAGAUUGCGGUGGACUUGAGGAAGUUGGGGUUGUCGCACGAGUUUGGCUUGAAGGCGGUGACGACGAGGAGGCAGCUGGUGUUGGACCACACCAUCGACGUGCACUUCCAGAGUGCCGAGAAUAGCAAGUACCAGUAUAGUUUGUACGUGCACCCGAAGGAGGCUGGGGUUAGUUUGACGACGCCACGAAGAGUGAUGUGUUUGGAGAGCAACGUCAACGUGCCGGAGGGCUUCCUGCAGAAUGGGGGGCGACUCACGGGAGAAGUGGUCUUCUACUCGGACAAGAGAAACCAACCCAAUAAGAAGUCGGGGUUAAUCGCUUUCUUGGAUUUGAACGCGAGGACUCAGUCGGUCGUUGGAGAAGCGAGAUUCACGAACCCCGUGUUGAAGAGACCUCUGGUGGUAGCACUGCAAUCGAAAGCGACACCGGUGAGCUUCGACUUCACCACGACGGCUGAUGUUUUCACCACCCCUGACCAGAAGCUCGUGGUUUCCUACAAAGCUAAAUGGACCGACGUCCACAACACCAAACAGUUCAAAGGUGACGAAGUCUUCGAAAUCAAAGGCUCUAAUCUUCACUUGAACAUCCUCUACGAGGACUGGGGUGCCUACGACAUCGAGCAAAACAAGUACGAACUCGGAGUUAAAUUCGUCUACACUGGACACAAGAAUAAGUAUGAGUCGCUCUACAGCUACGAGAUCACUCCGAAGAAGGCGUUAGUGGUCUUGGACGUCUUCAACGUCCACCUUUAUCGCGUCGAGUCUCAGCUGCAGUUGUCACAAAACCACCAGAUCGUGGAUAGCGUAAUCAGCUGCUAUGGUCACAAACCUCUGACCAGUCACAUCGAGUUGAAGAACUGGAACACCCUCAAGUACACUCUGUCGAGCAAAGACAAACCGCAAGACAAGCUCCAGGUCAAUGCCGCCUUCAUCCCAGGACAGAUCGCUGAUUUCCGAACCGACGUUAUCAAAGGUGGCGCUCCCCACGAGCUGGUGCAUGCCACCCUCAAACUCGACGAAGCCAAUUUCCUCAAGUCCGACUACAACGUUCACGCUAAAAACGUCGAAGAGCUUUUCCUCAAACGGGUGAAAGCCGCAAUUCAAGCCGAAGGUGAGGAGCUGAAGAAGCUUUCCGAGAAAAUUUCGGCCGACGUAGAGGACGAGCUGACUCAUUUGAGUGAACUGGCGAAACACGGAAUUGCCUCUUUGACUCCCAUCCAGAAGUACUACUCCGACGAACUCCACAAAAUCAAGGAGGAAAUCCUCGCCGACAAGACCAUCAAGGAAGCCAGCGAAUUUUUGUACAACAUCAUCGCAGCUGUGUCCCAAGCUUUCGGAGAGACCUUCUCUCAGUUCAAUCACCUCCUCGAGGACCUCGCCGUCAGUUUCCAGAACACCUUCGGCAAAAUCCUGGAAGCCAUCCAGAAGGACCUCUGGCCCAAAACCAAGAUCAUCGGCGAGAAAAUAGUCAAUUUGGUGGUGGAAGUCGUCGACAGCGCCACCGAAAUCGUCAUCACGAUCACCGCCAAAGCCGCGGAAAUCGCUGAAAAGUACAGGCCGGAGCUGCAACAGCUGGCGGCCGUGGCUGGAGAAGUCGGCGAAGAUGUGUUAAGAGCUGCCAUCAACGUCUUCGAGGCUGUGAGAAGCGUGCUGGCCGACCAGUGGGAGCAAGUUUACAACGAAGUGAAGAAUCUUCCGGUGGUGGAGCAACUCAAGGCUGAAUAUCAAAGAAUCGCCCAACACGGGUUACCGACGCCUGAGGUGUUGGCCAAGUCCGUCCAAGACCUUUUGGCCACUUUCAGAGAUCUGGCACCUACCAAUGAAUUGAAAGAGCUCAUUCAAGCCAUCAGCGACUACAUCACGAAGAAGUUGAGCAACCAAGCUGUGGACGACAAGGCCGCUAUUGAUCGCAUCGUCAAAGCGGCUACUGCGAGCGUAAAGCACCUGGUGGGAGCGGCCGCAGCCGGCGACCCUUCGUCCGACCUGCAGAACGUGAAGGUGCCGGUUCCGACGAGCGUGUGGAAUCAGCUGCCCAAAGUGGCGCCGGUGAGGUUAAGCCCGGUGUCGUACCUCCUGGGUGAGGAGCCUCUCCCGGUGGACUUCUGGUUGAGUCUGGUCAACAAACCCAGGAACUGGAUACCACCAUUCCCACUGUACGGGCUGGUAGCUCAAGGUCAACACAUCUUCACCUUCGACGGCAAACACUUGACUUUCCCAGGUCAAUGCAACUACCUUUUGGCCCGGGACGCAGUGGAUGGAAACUUUACCAUCAUAGGGUCUUAUAGUAACGGCAUCCUCAACGCCAUCUCGCUCAGUCAAGGUUCCGAUGUCAUCACUCUGAAGAAACACGGACAAGUGUUGGUCAACAACGCACCGGCUGAACUCCCGGCUCGUAAACCCAACAUCGCCGCCUAUCGCGACACGGAGAGGAUCGUCCUGGUGUCCUCCUUCGGAGUGCGCGUGAUCUGCGGACCGGAGCUCGUAGUGUGCUCGGUGACGGCGUCCGGGUUCUACCACGGCAAGCUGAGGGGGCUUCUGGGUAACGGCAACAACGAGCCCUACGACGAUUUCGCGCUUCCGAAUGGUAAAAUCGUAUCUUCGGAAAGCGAGUUUGGAAAUAGCUACAAGACUACGGCUGGGUGUGGGGCUGUCCAGACGGUGUCGCACCACAGUCACCAUUCGGUUCCCUCGUGUGAUAAGCUCUUCGGAUGGGAGAGUAGCUUCAGGUACUGCUAUCCGUUCGUGAGUACCGACAACUUUAAAAUGGCUUGUGAGCAUGGAGUGGCCGCUGGAGUCAAAGACACGGAGCACGCCAUCGCCGUAGCCUACGUGGCCGCUUGUAACCAGCAUGGCAUCCCCGUGCUAGUACCGUCGGAAUAUGUAAAGUGUACUAACGGAGACAAGCCCACCUCCCUCGGUGACCAAUUCAGCGUGAAAACUCCCGCCAAAGCCGCCGACGUCGUCGUCUUGGUGGACACCAGCAAAGGCAACGAACCCACUUACAAAGAGUACGUCCAGCCGCUGAUCCAGCAACUGACCAGCGAACUCACCACCAAAGGAAUCAACGACUUGGAGUUCCACAUCAUCGCCUACGCCGGCGACAACCACUGGCCUUCCCACAUCACCUCCAACGGCGGAAAACUCACCUUCAAAGGAAAAGCGCCGAACUUGAAGUUCGCCGAAAACCCAGAGGAAGAACCCUUGUUAACGGGAGACGCGCUGAUCGACGGCCUCAUUCACUUCAUCGAAGGGCUUGGCGACGACCUUGAUCUAGCCUUCGGCCUGGACCUGCAGGCGUUGACCUACACCGAAGGUCUGCAGUAUCCCUUCAGAGCCAACGCGAUCAAAACGAUCAUCGCCGUAACCGGAAGACCGUGCAAAGUUGGACGAUUCUAUCCAUUGCAGCUCUUGCGUACGUUGUUGUACAGAGGAAAAGACAUCAAUCUUAACCUGAUUACUCCGAUCAGUCGCUCCGGAGCUAAAGCCGAGGCCAAGAACAUUGUCGGAUUCAACGCCCGCAAUGUCUACGCGUUGGGACAGACCAAGAACAAGAUCAAGCACUUUGCGGAUUUGGGCAAAGAACUCGCCUACGACGACUACUGUAUCGACUUUACUGUCCAGAAUGACGGUAACGUGUUCGUUUCGGAUCACAUCCAGCUUCAGCCUAAAGGUACGAGGAAACAGUUUGUCCAAGUGACUUCGCACGCCAUCGUCGAACAGGUGUUGGGUGCCGAGAAGAGUUACGAGUGCGAGUGCAAAUAUGUGACGCCUUACACGGCUGCGAAUGUCUGCAAAGUGGUUUCAGUUAAGGAGAAACCGCAGGCGAGGAAAGUUGGCACCAAGAGCUAGACGAUGCGAAUGAGAGAGAUCGCAUACUUUUUUUUCUACAUUACGGUAUUUAUAAUUUGUAUAAAUAUGUAAUUAUGUAAUAAAUACAACAACAACAA